UUGUCAUUUUCUCUUUGUAUCGGCGUCGUCCACGGCCCGCCACUUUCAUUGGAACUCGUUCGAAGCAAUAAUGUUGUACGUAAGUCUAGUGACAACAUGCCUGCGAGGCUAAGGAGAUUUGCCCGAGUUGCUGGACUGACUCGCGAAGGCGUGCUGAGGUUCCUUGUUUCUGGCAUCUCUGGAGCAGUACUACCAUUCGCUUGUGUGUCUACAAGGUGGACUUCGUUCCUGCCGGCAGUGCACCUAUCUGACCAGGAACAAGAGGCAUAUGAAAGCGCACCUUCUCAGACAUACAAACGAGCGCCCCUUCCAGUGCCACCUGUGUCCGUCUGCGUACAAUCACAACUGCGACCUCAGAUGGCACAUUCGACUCUUACGGGGGAGCGCCCCUUUUUCUGCAUCCACAGCAGUGAAUCCUUUUCAUCUAAAAGCCACCUUUCGAAGCACAUGCGCAAGCACAACCAUACAGAAGAGCGUCCCUUUUCCUGUCUCUACUGCCAUGCAUGCUUUCCACAGAGACGCACUAAAAGACCAUAUGUGUCGUCCUCAUGCAAAGGUUCCUCGACUACAGCAUCCCUGAAGCAGUACAGCUCACUCGUGUCCAUACAAGGCGGGCUGCAUUCCUGUCGGCAGUGCACCUAUGUGACCCAGCACAAGAGAAUAAUGAAAACACACCUUAGCAGACACACAGGCGAUUACCGCUUCCAGUGCCACCUGUGUCCAAUGGCAUUUACUCGGAGCGACAGUCUCAAAGACCACAUUCGCACCCACACGGGAGAGCGUCCCUUUUCCUGCGUACACUGCAGUGCAUCUUUUUCGCUGAAAGGCAACCUCGUGAGGCACGUGCGCACCCACACAGGAGAGCGUCCCUUUUCCUGUGACCACUGCAAUGCGUCCUUUUCGGUUAAACACAGCCUUGGGAAGCACAUGCACACCCACACAGGAGAGCGUCCCUUUUCAUGUGACCACUGCAAUGCAUCCUUUUCGUUUAAAAGCAGCCUUGUGACGCACAUGCGCACCCACACAGGAGAGCGUCCCUUUUCCUGUGACCACUGCAAUGCAUCCUUUUCAGUGAAAAGCACUCUGACGGAACACUUGCGCAGCCACACUGGAGAGCGUCCCUUUUCAUGUGACUACUGCAAUGCAUCCUUUUCGUUUAAAAGCACCCUUGUGACGCACAUGCGCACCCACACAGGAGAGCGUCCCUUUUCCUGUGAACACUGCAAUGCAUCCUUUUCGGUUAAAUUCAGCCUUGUGAGGCACAUGCGCAGCCACACAGGAGAGCGUCCCUUUUCCUGUGACGACUGCAGUGCAUCCUUUUUACGCAAGCACCACCUCAUUCGCCACACCUCCAUUCUUCAUCCAAGGAAGACUCCCUAAAGGUUCCCUCUCUUCGGCAUCCUUGGAGCAGUACCAUUCUCUUGUGUCCGUACAAGCCCGACUGCAUUCCUGUCGGCAGUUGACCUACGUGACCAAGAACAGCGGACAUAUGAAAAUGCACCUUCGCAGAUGCACGGGCGAGCGCCCUUUCCAGUGCCACUUUUUUCUUACUACGUUCACUCAUGACUGUGAUCUCAAAAACCAUGUUCGCACCCACGUGGGGGAGCGUCCUUUUUCUUUUGUUCACUGCAAUGCAUGCUUUGCACAGAAAAAGUGCACUAAAAGUCCCCAUGUGUCAUCAUCAUGCAGAGAAGCCCUGAAGGUCAGGAACAUGGACAAUAUUUUGUGUGUGUGGGUGAAAUAGCGGGUUCAUUGAUUGAUUACAUUUUUAUAGCGAAUGAUAACUUCUAAAGUGCAUCAAAAGGUUUUUGGAUGGUUCAGAAAUGGUGUUUCGUACAGGAUAUUGUGUAGUGAGAAAUCUAUUGUUAAUGAAAAUUUCUUUUUGAGGGCCUUUAAAUGACUUUACAGCUAUGUCAUAAUGUUGAAUGUUUGGCUUACCUUGAAUGUGGAUUGCCUAAAAAGGCAUUUAUUACAGUGUAGCCUGCUUGAAGCCACAACAUUUAUAGGUAGUUAACAAGGAGACUUAAGAUAUACCUAUGUGCAAUUAAGGCCAGAGCACACUUUUCACACUCUUGAAAUUAUAUCAUCAGACUGCACAUUCAAACUUAAGUUAGGUCCUUUGUUGUCAGGAGCAGAAGCAGUGGCAUUCCCAUUGAACUACUUCCCCUAAUACAACUUCACAAUGCAUAGAACAUGGUAUUUCUGAAUAAAACUUCUUGAUUC